AUGGGCCCCCAGGUGGCCGCCCACAUGGUGUUCACGGGCGGCAGCCUGCAGUCAGUGCGCGCGGAGGACGAGCCGGCGCCGGAGACCAUCCCGGAGCUGCGGGCGCCGCUGGCCCUGGAGGAGCGCGUGGGCGGCAUCCUGAUGCGGAUAGAGCAGGAGCUCGACGACGCCGAGAAGACCAUCGGGGAGCGCCUGCACGUCAUAGACCUCGAUAAUGACGGCCUCAUAUCAAAGGGCGAGCUGCAGGAGGCCCUGCGGUUUUUGAAGGCCAACCUGGAUGAUGAGGAGCUCAUGAGCCUGCUGGACAGGAUGAACAUCAAGGCGGGCGGCGGCAGCGACCAGCCGCUCAUCAGUGUCAGCGACCUCAUCAAGCUGGCAGAGCCCAGCAGCGGCGGCAGCGGCAGCAGUAGCAGCAGCAGCGGCAACAGCAGCAGCGGCGGCAGCCGCGGCAACGGUGGCGGCGGCAGCAGCAGCGCGUCCUCGUCAGCAGCGGCGGCGGAGAAGCAGCCGGCGGACACCGUCAAGAUUCACACGCGCUGA